GCUAUUCCUAUUUUAGUCGCAGCCUUGGUCGGCACCGUUGUCACGUGAAUUGUUGGUGUUCAACUCUUUCGUGCGGUCUCUGACUCGGGCGCUUCGAACGCUACUUGAGGUGACGACAUUGAACAUGUUAUUGCGUUCGGACGCACGCCGAGCACGGGAAGACCUUUUGGACAUUACUAUCUCCCUGCCCUUCCAAUCUGAGGUAAACACUGGAUUUGGAGUGCUUGCCAAGGUGUACCUGGAUGCCCUGACCCACCUCAAUAAUCAAACGCGAGUACUUGACCCUAAUGCAGAAGGUGUUAGAGAGUCUAAGGCGAUGGCCCUAGAGAUAUGUGAAGACACGUUUCCGGGAGUGAAAACCCCCAAACUGGAAGUGGAACGAGGAUUCCGGUUCUGGGACAUUGUUAGUGACAUUGUUACAUUGUGUUGGGAUAUGGUUAACAUGUGUUGUGGUUCACAGGCGCUGUCUGCCAUGAGGCAACUUCACUCUGAGGGUGCUGUCCUUCGCGAGUUGAUUGACCAGUUUGAAGCAGCGGAGGCGUGGCUUGCACCGAUGCGACCAUGAGAUAGUUUCGAAUAGAAAAUAGCCUAUUGUGACAGCGCGAUUUGUUCGGAAGUGAGGAAGCGAUCAAUUGCAAUGGCCGUUAGAAAGGGUACAAGGAGCGACGGAGGAGACGAUGGGAAAGGAAUGGAACAUGGAGAGGGAGGCAUGGGAAGUAGAAUGGCUUAAAAAGGAAAUUGAGAUACUGGUGAGAUGGUGAAAUGAUACCAGAUCUCAGAUAUUCAAUGAUACCUAAUCGGGAAUGACGCCAAGAACAGGAUGACCUAAAAUAGAAACAGGCCAUCUCGCUGUUUAUCGCCCGAUC